AUGUUCUCCUGGGGGGAGGAGUGCCGCCGCGGCUUCAGGCUCUCAGAUGGUUCCUAUGAGUCCGGUUCAGCCCAUCUGGACCUGGACUUCACCAUCACAGACCUGUCUGCGGGUCCGACCACCGUCUGCUUUGUCAAAAAGAACCAGAAGGCGUUUAUUAUCAGCUCCAGUGAGGACAGCAAAGGAAGAAGAGUCCGAGGAAAACAGAAGUGUGUGGAAACUAAAGAGAAGAUCCGGGCUGUGAGCUGCUCUGAUCAGGUGGUUUUACUGCUGUCCAAGAGGGGACAUGUCCUCAGUGUGGACACAACCAGACCUGCUUCCACCCCACGGCCCAUCACAGCGUUCAGUCGUACACCGGUAUCUCAGGUCGCCUGUGGAAGUCAACAUUCAGUGGCUCUGACCAAAGAUGGUCAGGUGUACACGUGGGGUGUGGACUCCAGAGGUCAGCUGGGUCUGGGCAAGAAGACACCCGGGGUUCAUUCACCUGAACAGGUCAGAAGUUUGUGUUCCGUCCCUGUGGUCGAGAUCACUGCAGGAGGAGAGCAGAGCUUCGGCCUCUCUGUGUCUGGAAGUGUGUUCAGCUGGGGCAGAAACCACCGGGGCCAGCUGGGACUGGGACACACCGAAGACAGACACACACCGACCCAUGUUCAUUCCUUGGACAUGAAGAAGACUGUUCACGUCUCCUGUGGAGAGGACCACACGGCUGUGCUGACCAAAGAUGGUGCAGUGUUCACGUUUGGUUCGGGUCAACAUGGACAACUUGGGCACAACUCAUUCAGAGAUGAACUACGACCUCGGCUUGUCGCAGAGUUCUGGGGGUCAAAGGUCACCCAGGUUGCAUGUGGACGACACCACACUUUAGCUCUGACAGAGUCAAAGAAGAUCUACUCGUUUGGGUGUGGAGAGCAAGGGCAGCUGGGACGUGGAAAGAAGAAUCAUCGAGCUGUACCACUGCCUGUCCAGCUGCCACCCGGCCAUGUUGAUGGGUCCAACAUUAGAAACAUCUUCGCCGGAGGAAACUGUUCUUUUGCAACAUGUUCAUCUGAGGACGACAAUGAAGAGUCAAACAGUGCCACUGUGACCCAGCUGACUGUAGAUGACAUGGUUAAUAAAUGGACCUCUGAAUGUGAUUCUAACUCAUGGAAAAACACCAAACAUGAAAUCCAAAGGACGUUUUCCUCUGCAUCCACUGUGAAUAAAAGCUUCCUCGAUCGAAGCAGAGAUAAACACUUCCAGACCUCGUCAAAGUUCUGUGGUUUGGACUUCACAGCUGUUCAGAGAGCUUUCACCAAACUACUGCAGAAAGACCAGGUUUUAACUCAGGUUGAAGCCACCAUCAUUCACUUGCUUCCCACUCUGAAUCCAGCCCCAGUGGGAGUGGAGGGCUUGAGGAUCUACCUGCUCCUCAAUGAGCUUCUGCAUGUGGUCCAGGAACACAAGCAGAGCUCAAAGCUGGCUGAGGCGGUCGCUGCUGCCGUCCACAGACUGUCAGCUGACAGCCUCCGGGUCUUAGGGGACUGGUGGUCGUCUCUGUCAGACUCCAUCAGGGUUAGACAUGUGGAGGUGUGGAAGAAGGCUCUGUCAGUGCUCAUGUCCCCUGAGACUUUUCGUCCAGACUCUGCAGUCAAAAAUAUGCUACAAGUCCUCCAGUACAUGUACAACGCUAACAACAGGACUGUGGAUGCUCAAAGAAUCCCAGAAAGUGUUUUUCAUUUGUCGAUCAGCACUGAGGUUCUUGCCAUGUACAUAUAUCUGGGGCGUUUAAGGUUCCAUGAGCCCCCUGUCAUCUUUAGCUUCCCAUUUCUGAUGAAUCUGCAAACCAAGAAAAAGGUGUUGGACCUCACUUUUGCAUUCAUUAAGAUUGAAAGAAUGUCUUUACCCUGUUGGCUUCAUAUUGUGGAGACUGGAUGGGAUGAUGAGGUGCCUACUGAUGUGAAAUUAGUACUGAAGCUGCGCCGAACAUCUGUCUUGGACGACACAUUCAAACAACUGGCCAACACUCAUGACAAUGACUUUAAGAAGCAGCUUCUGGUUUAUUACAAUGAAAACCUCAUAUAUGAUGGUGUGAACAACAAAGACUUUUUCCACCAAGUGUUUCAUGAGAUGAUGUCACCUGAGUCUGGGAUGUUCAUGUUCAACGACUCCAAAACGCUGGCAUGGUUUCCCUCCAGACCAACACAGGAGCACAGAAGAUACUUCCUGUUUGGAGUUCUGUGUGGAAUGGCUUUGUACAACCAAAGUAUCAUCCAUCUACCGUUUCCACUGGCUCUGUUUAAGAAGCUGCUGGAUGUAAAACCAUCACUGGACGAUUUGACAGAAUUCAGCCCAAGUGUUGGACAGUGUCUGAAGUCCAUCCUGGAGGAAUACAACGAGGAAGUGAUAGAAAGCCUGGACAUUGAUUUUUUGAUCAACUGGGACGGGACAGAUGUUAACCUCGAUCCAGGCACUCCUAAAAAACCUGUGACAGAUCAAAAUAAGAAGGAGUUUGUGGACGCCUACAUUAAUUUUGCUUUCAAGGCAUCGGUGGAGAGGGUGUUUCAUGAGUUCAAGCGAGGCUUCUUCCAGGUGUGUGAUCCGGCUGUGGUGAAGCUUUUCCAGCCGGAGCAGCUUCAGAGAGUUCUGGUGGGAACAGAGGUCAAUGACUGGACAAAACUGAAGCAGAGCACAGUUUAUAAAGGACAGUACAGCACCAACCAUCCCACCAUUCUGAUGUUCUGGGAGGUGUUUGAUGAACUAACUGAGGAUCAGAAAACAGCUUUACUUUGGUUUGUGACAGGUUUUGAGAGAGUUCCCAUUCUCAAUACAGACAACUUGAAGAUGCAAGUGGGCGAGUUGUCAGACAAAGUCCAGAACCUGGACUAUGACCAGUACUACCCGAAAUCACAUACAUGCUUCUUUGCUUUGGAGUUGCCUCGAUACUCAACCAAGGAGAUCAUGAAGAAUAAGCUAAUAGAGGCCUUCAGUCAAAUCGACCACUGACUGAGCACCAUGUCUGUUUUUAUGGAGGCACUGGAACAAACAAAGCACUUUGGAAACGGAAAUCCUGCUGUUGUGACCAUGUAACAUAAAUUAAUUUACUCUUCCUGAUACUAGUGUACAUGCAGUUGAUGUCUAUCUGUACAAAGUGUAAAAAUCACAUGUAUCUUAAAUAAGUUACUUAACUCUUAAGUGUUAAAAAUACUGAGAGAAUAAAGAGUGGGAUUCAUUUAGACAUUUUGGACCAAAGUCAAAUGUUGCAAGAAAAAAACUUUGGAAAUUGUUAUUUGUCUUUGUGUUACAUGAAUGACUGUUCAUGUUACAUUUAUGUUGUUAAAUCACAAUCAUCUGCACAUGUUAAAUGAAACAAAUUAACUAUAAAUGAGGGGCAGGUAA